CAGUAGCGCUCGUCGCGGUCUCCUGUUCGGCUUCGAACAGCCGUACAUUCCCCGAGAUCGCCCAAAUCAUACCUCGACCGUGUCGUGUCCUCCACGUGCCGUCCGCGUCACGUGUCUCAGAAAUUACGGCGUCGCGGGAGAGACGGGAUUUUUCCCGAUACGGAGUACUCUCGGAAAUCGAUCACGUGCGUGAUAAUUUGUGCCGCUGAAACGGAAUUGUUCGAAUUUCGGUGGAACUAUCAGAAAAAUACGUCUCACAUCUGCGGAAACUUUCGCUCGCAAUACGAAGGAUCCUCAUAGAUUCUCACAUAGACACAAUUGAAUAUCCGGUGAAGAUUAAAUGUUCCGAAGCGAUUAACGAGACUUCCAUCGGAAUUGUGAAAAAUCCCGAAAAGAAACGCAAAAGGAAUCUCGAAAAAGCUCGGGAGAGAAAGUGAUGAGAACGCGAGUUCUCUCGCGGAUACGACAUCGCGCGUCGUUAUUCGUGGAGAUAUUUUUAAAACUUAAAAUUAUCUUCUAACAGUGUUGCUUUUUUUUUUAUGAUGAGCGGGUAAACCGAAUUAGAGGGGUUUUGCUCGAAACAACGAGUGCACUCGACCUCCUCAAUUUUCGGCGCAUUUAAAUUCUUUUCCGCGCCACGUUGAUCCGGUUUGCACGCGCGAUUGCGGGCGCGCUUCGUGUGGGCGUGAGAAAAUCGGCCGGACCGACCGCCGACUGGCACGGAUACGGACAUUAUAGCCCAUCAGAGUGAGAGAGAAAGAGAGAGAGAGAGUCCGGACUCGUGGCGCGCGGUCCCCGAUACGAAGGUUCUUCCUAUGCGAGCGACUCGGCCGACUGCUCGCCGCACGAAAAAUUACGGGAGACUCUCUUUCUCGUUUGCGAGACAGCGCAGGUUGACAGUGCUGUAACUUUAUCACGUCUCUGGGAAUCGUGAUUUUUUUUUUCGUAUGCAGAGGUUGACGUCGAUCGUGAAUUCUGGACUCGGCCAACGAGGCAGAUGAACGUAGCACCGGAAAGUAGCAUGGAGAGCGACAAGUAUUAUCGGCGCGUUGCAGCAAUAGGUAGGAGGCCGGUCGCGCGAUUUUCCCCGAUGAUGGAAAAUAAUUCGAGGAAUAUCCUCGCGAGUGGCCAGCUGACGAGUGGGAAUCUCUCGAGGAACCUGCGCGUUACGUGACUCUUUCCCUUUCGGGAACGAUGCGAUCGCUCGUGAGACUCGAAACGACGAAGGGCGCGCAGUGAGCAAGCGCGUGUUACCGAUUAUGCGAAUCCUUUACCCGGCUUGCCCGAGUUCACGACGUCCGCUGCGUGGGUAUUCCGCGAGUGCGAACGCUGGUGGCCGCUGGUGGGGUGAGUAAUAAUCUCGGGGGAAAAAGUGUGAAAGAAACGUGCGCGCGCGAGGAGGCACGUGGGAACGCGAAUUUGGGACUUUGCCCGGGACGCAAGUUUUACGCCUGCGACACUCCGGUGGCCUGGCGACAGCUCUCUUUCUCGGCCGUGGCCGAGCCUCUCACUGCUCUUGUUCGCUGACAUAUGUACGCUAUGAUCUCAAACAAGAUGAUGCAUCGACAGCAGAAUACCCAGUCAUCAUCCAACGACGAGUUCGCGAUGUAUCCAUCGGCCGCGUAUCACUCCUCGUGUUCGACCCUGCUGUCGUCGACGUCUACGUCGCCAUCGUCGUCGUCGUCGUCGUCGUCGAGGUCGUCGCACGCGGGCUCGUCCUGCCCCUUACUAGUGUCCGUCCUCACGUGGUCGCUGACGCUACUGCUGAUCUCGUCCUGCAUCGACCUGGGCGCGGACGCCGCCAGCCUCAGCGGCCAUCCCCUGGGCAAAAGGUCGUUCUUCGACAUCCAGUGCAAGGGCGUGUACGACAAGAGCAUCUUCGCCCGUCUGGACCGCAUCUGCGAGGACUGCUACAACCUCUUCCGGGAACCGCAAUUGCACAUGCUUUGCAAGAAGGAAUGUUUCACCACGGACUACUUCAAAGGAUGCUUAGACGUCCUGCUACUGUCGGACGAGGUCGGAAAGAUCCAAAUGUGGAUCAAGCAACUCCACGGAGCUGAUCCCGGGGUUUAGGUAGCCUUUUCUUUUUAGUUUAUGAUUUUUCCCUUUUUAUGCGCCCCCUUUUUGUGUUCUUUCCGCUUUUCGCAAAUAUAAAGAACUAACUGUGUCCGCUUGCACUUCCAUUAUCCUUCCUCGUCUGCUCUCGUCCCGAUAUAUACCUACACAUUUUCACACACCCGUCGGAAACACUUAGAACUCCGAUUUGUCCGCGCAAUUUUUGCGUAUGUCGAAUACACGUAAAAUAUCUUGUAAUAAUAUUUGUAAAGCUAAGUCCGCGGGAAACGCGACGCGUCUCCGAUUACCACGAUGCGAGUAAUGACGAGCGUCACAAAAAUCGUGAAUACAUUAAUAAUUAAGACGAUCGAGUUGUGCUUCAUCAAUCGCAGCGGUGUUUGGAUCGGAGUACCACAUGCAAAUGCUUCAAAAACUGAUGAUAAGUGACAACGAUCUAAUAAGAACGUAUAUAUAUUAAAUAACGUGCUCGAAGAUUUAAAUAGUAGAUCGCAUUAUCGAAUGUAUUAACAGUUUCGCGUAGGAGAGGUUGAAGUUGUGAAUAGGAAAUAGAUAUCGCGAUAUCGCGGGUUGACUGAUUGUUCUACUUAUACCUUAUUUUAAUACAUUUGUUAUUCCCCUCGUCAUUAUAUUUUCGUUGCAUUUUGUGACACCAUCCCCUGGACGAAUAUCCACGCGUAUUAUAGUAUCUUCGCACCGAGAUAAUGAGUAUGAGACAUUAGGCAAGACUGCUUCAGCACAGAAUACUUCAGGAGCUGCACCCAAGCGCUGCUGCUUGAGGACGAGAAGGAAAUGUUGGAGGAGAUGAU